AUGGAAUCAAUUUUAAGUCAUUUUCAAUACUUUAUGAUAAAAUGGUUGGAACCAAUCUAAUGUUAUUUAAUGAAAUGGAUUAAGAUUAAUUUACAGAAAAAAUUUUCAACAAUAUAGUUUGUUGAGUUAUUGCUACUACAAAUGAACUCUUGGUUAUAAUAAAAGCAUACACACAUCCAUUAUAAAAGCUACAGGAAAGAAAUAUAAGAAAAAAUAAAAUACACGUCGCUCUUAUGUUUUAUGAAUCUAAUCUGA